CUCAAACCCUGCCCUGCAACAUUAAUUUAUUGUUAUUUUCAAUCUGUUGGAUUUUCGUUUUCCCUAAACAACAGUACCCAGUUUGUUCUCCUGCUCUUAAAGCUCUGCCCCAUCCAUCGACUUCCAUAGGCAACCAGAUUCAGGAAUAGCCAUGUCAGCAUCAGAGACUUCAACUCCUAUGAAUGUCAAUGAAAAUGAAGAACAAGGACUUCUUGAUGCAAUCAACGAUAGGUAUGGGGGAGUAAUUGUUGAAGUGACUCAACCUAUGGACUCUGCCCUCUUUGCUUCUGUUCUCAGUGCUUCAAUGGCACAGUGGCGACAGCAGGGUAAAAGAGGUGUGUGGAUCAAAUUGCCUAUUCAGCACGUCAAUCUGGUUGAAGCUGCUGUUAAGGAAGGAUUUUGGUAUCACCAUGCUGAGCCUAAUUAUUUGAUGCUUGUUCAUUGGCUGCCUCAAGGCGCACACUCUCUUCCGGCAAACGCUUCGCACCGCGUGGGGAUCGGCGCAUUUGUGAUGAACAAAAACAGAGAGGUUCUAGUGGUCCAAGAGAACAUCGGACGAUUACGAGGGACAGGUGUGUGGAAGUUCCCUACAGGUGUUGUGAAUGAGGGAGAAGAUCUUUGUGCAGCUGCAGUUAGAGAAGUCAAAGAAGAGACAGCAAUUGAUACAAAAUUUGUUCAAGUACUAGCAUUCAGGCAAAGCCACAAGGUAUUCUUUGAAAAGUCAGAUAUAUUCUUCCUGUGCCUGUUGGAACCACUUUCUUUUGAAAUCCAGAAGCAGGAAUCUGAGAUAGAGGCAGCUAAGUGGAUGCCAAUUGAAGAAUAUGCAGCACAGCCAUUUGUCCAGAAAUAUGAGCUCUUAAAAUGCAGUGUUGACAUAUGCUUAGCAAAGAAAGAUGGAGACUAUUCUGGCUUCUCUCCUGUGCUAACCUCAUCGGCAUUCUCCAACGAAAAGAGCUAUAUGUACUUCAACAUUCAUGACCUCAAUAAGCAGUAAUUGCUGCUUGUAGAAUUCAUAAAAUAAAUUCUUUGAUUCUCAACCAGUCAGCCAUCAUUGAAUAAAGAUUCUUUUGUGUUGAAGCAAA